AUGGGGUUGUCAUUUACCAAGCUUUUUAGUCGCUUGUUUGCUAAGAAAGAGAUGCGUAUUUUGAUGGUUGGUCUCGAUGCAGCUGGUAAAACCACAAUCUUGUACAAGCUCAAGUUGGGAGAGAUUGUCACCACAAUUCCCACUAUUGGAUUUAAUGUGGAGACUGUUGAGUACAAGAACAUCAGCUUCACUGUUUGGGAUGUUGGUGGUCAGGACAAGAUCCGACCUUUGUGGAGGCACUACUUCCAGAACACACAAGGGCUUAUCUUUGUGGUUGAUAGCAACGAUCGUGACCGUGUUGGGGAGGCUAAAGAUGAGCUCCACAGGAUGCUGAAUGAGGAUGAACUAAGGGACGCGGUGUUGCUUGUGUUUGCCAACAAACAAGAUCUUCCAAAUGCCAUGAAUGCUGCUGAGAUUACUGAUAAGCUUGGCCUCCAUUCUCUCCGACAACGACAUUGGUACAUUCAGAGCACAUGUGCUACCUCUGGAGAAGGUCUAUAUGAGGGUUUGGAUUGGCUUUCCAAUAAUAUUGCUAACAAGGCAUAAACAGGAGUUGGAUUGUCUUGGGUUAUAGAUGUUUCUGGAGCUCCGUUCUUGAGAGAUUGAGCAUGAAUAUCACUAAGGGGCUUUUUGAUAGUUACUCAUCCGGGACUUUGGGUAUGAAGUCUGAUUGUCCUGAUUGGUUAUGAAGUCUGAUUGAAUCUAUGUCUGACUGAAAUCAUGUUGUUUGAUUAUAGUCUUACUAGCUAUGUUGAAUGAUAAAUAUUUGAUUGAUUACUAGUUUUUUACAAUAUUUUCACAUGUUAAAACAAUUAACAUAUGUACAGAAAAUAAUCGAUGAUCGAUCCAUGAUUCUCUUCUAUCUUAUCU